GGUGGAGUUUGGACCAAUGAAUGCAAACAACUGUGGUGACGUGGAUUUUUGCGCGAAGGUGCAGAUGUUGGCGGUCUGAAAGGAAAGAAGAAGAACCUGACAGAGGUUUGCUCUUCAAGCUCAAGCACUUGACGUGUUAUCAAAAAAGGCAACGUUUCUGCUGAAAUGGCAAGCUGUGGAGAUAUCCAAGUAAGGGAGCUGAACAAGCGUGCUUCAGGUCAAGCAUUUGAGGUCAUCCUGAAGCCCUCUACCCCAGAUACCAAGGUUGAAUUUCCGUUGUCCCCGCUUAAGAAAAAGGAAAUGUCACUGGAUGAGAUUAAGAAAAAACUGGAAGCUGCAGAAGAGAGACGCAAGAGCCAGGGGGCCGAAGUGUUAAAACACUUGGCCGAGAAACGAGAGCACGAGAAGGAGGUCAUCCAGAAGGCCAUAGAGGAAAACUGCAACUUCAGCAAGAUGGCACAAGAGAAACUCAAUCAGAAGAUGGAGGCAAACAAAGAGAACCGCACUGCACGGAUGGCAGCUCUCAAUGAGAAAUUCAAGGAGAAGGACAAGAAGCUUGAAGAAGUGAGGAAGAACAAGGAGGCAAUUAAAGAAAAGGAUAAUUAAUCUGUUUAUGGUUCACAUCUCCAAAGAUAAGCUGUACUUUUGUAACUGACACAGCCCUGGUAUUGUUUGUUGUGUUGGUUGUGAUUAUGCUGUUGAAUGAAAGUUGGUUUUACAGUGUUGGGUGUGGAUAUAGUGUGACUUUUCUUGACUUGUAGCUUUCUUAUUGGCAGCUUAUUACACUAGUUUUAUUGGUUGGAACUGUAUUUUUCCAUUAAGAGUCACUGUUGUAAUACAUUGGUCCUUAUACUUAAGUUGAAAUGCAUCAUAUAAUAUUGUUCUGAACUGUUGAUAAUGCUGUACGUUUGAAUAUGCUGUAUGAUACAGAGGUAUCACCAUUAAAGUAUCUACAGUUUAA